GGUUAUAUGUUUUCAUUGCAGUGACCCUCCCUCAGCUUCGCUCUCCGAAGAUCGAUCUGGGCCGAAACGAGUGAGCGGAUCCUCUCUCAAUCUCUGAAACUACCCUCGAAAAGAAAGCAUUAUUCUAACGGUGGACUAUGCUGCAGCUUGAAAUGGCUACUAUUCGGAAUCUGAAGAUCAAAACAUCUACUUGUAAACGCAUUCUAAAAGAGCUCCACUCCUACGAGAAGGAGGUCGAGAGAGAAGCUGCGAAAACUGCGGAGAUGAAGGAGAAAAGCGCCGACCCUUAUGAUCUUAAGCAGCAGGAGAAUGUGUUAGCAGAGUCAAGGAUGAUGGUUCCAGAUUGCCGAAGGCGACUUGAAGCUGCACUUGCUGACCUGAAAGCGAUAUUAGAAGAAGUAAAGGAAUCAAACCAACAAGUAGUGGAGAUUGAGGAAGCUGGUAGCACGAUUGCAGAAGUUGAAGCUUUAUUUCAAACAGCAGAGUAGACGUUCAAGGAUCUCAUAAUGUCGAGAGAUUAAAUGAAUGAGUUACAGAUUUUAUGUACUCUUGGAGGAUUGCUUUGUGGUGUUUUCAGCUUUUAUAGCGAAGUUGUCUCCAACUUCGAGUGCAUCUGUUUUUCAAAACCUUCAGUUUAAGACUGGUCUCUUCGAGUUUUAUCAGCAACUUGGUUUGAUAAAUUGGUAUAUAUGAUCUAUGCUACCAA